UCUAGGCAUUGGACCCCGGUGUCCCAUGCCAAGUUCGAGGUAGAGAAGUUCGAUGGAAGCAACAACUUCGGCAUGUAGAGAUGCGAAGUUAAGGAUAUGCUUGUCCAAAUGAACCUGCACUUCACUCUGGGAGACAAACCAGAUGACCUGGACGAGAUAGAAUGGGAGAGGGUGAAUCUCCUAACCUGCAGUUCCAUCCGACUUUGCCUUGCAAAAGAGGAGAAGUAUGCCUUUACAGAAUAUGAUAUUGCGAAGAAGCUUUGGAAGGCGCUGGAAGAUAAGUUUAUGACGAAGAGCAUUGAGAACCGGCUCUACUUGAGGAAGAGGUUGUUUCGUUUCGACUACAUUAAAGGUAUUUCGAUGAACGAACACCUAAAUAACUUCAACAAAAUUAUUACAGAUUUGAAGAAUUUGGAUGAUCAUGUUGAUGAUGAAGAUAAAGCACUGUUAUUGUUAAAUUCCUUGCCUGACUCGUAUGAUCAUCUCACUACUACUUUACUGUACGGUAAAGAGAAGAUCAAGUAUAUUGAUGUUGCAAACGCCUUGGUGAACAAUGAGUUCAGAAGGAAAGAUAAGUCUGCAAACAGGGACUCAACAUCCGAGGCAUUAACAGUCAGAGGCAGAACAAAUAACAGAAGAAAUACAAGGCGAGGAAAGUCUCGCUCAAAAUCCAGGGGAAAACCUUCAGACAAAAGACGUCUUGCAAAAGACGAGUGUGCAGCUUGUCGCCAGAAGGGGCAUUGGGCAAAAGAUUGUCCAAAUAAAGACAAGACAGAAGAGAAGGUGAAUAUUGCACAAGAUGGAGAUAAUGAUGAAGGAGGAGCCUUCACAGUUUCAUCAUAUGGCCAGUCUGAUGAAUGGAUAAUAGAUUCCGGAUGUUCAUUCCAUAUGUGUCCUAACAAGCAGUGGUUCUCGAGCUUACGAGAGUUCGAUGGAGGAUUCCCUGGUGUGCCCCCGAUCCUCAACAAGUUCGUCUCCUUCAACUUCCUUACCACCCUUGUUCUUUCUUAUGGCAACUUCAUCGGAGAAAUUCCAUGUUCGAUUGGAAACAUGUCAUCACUGGUCAGCUUGGAUCUCAGUUACAAUGCUCUGACAGGAAGAAUACCACCAGAAAUCGGAAAAUUAUCCCAACUGCAGUUACUAUCACUGGGUUCUAAUUCCUUGCAAGAUGGAAUUCCAACUGAAAUCGGAAAUUGCUCAAAGCUUCAACAGCUUCUACUGUUUGGUAACCAGCUCUCUGGAAGAAUUCCACUUGAAAUAGGGCAGUUACGGGCUCUAAAAAGCUUUCGAGCUGGUGGAAACCCGGGAAUCUGCGGAGAGAUCCCAAUGCAGAUGUCACAAUGCAAACAACUAGUUUUUCUUGGUCUUGCAGAGACUGGGAUGUCAGGAAAGAUUCCAUACAAUAUUGGAGAGUUGAAGAAUCUCGAGAUUCUUUCAGUAUACUCCGCGAAUCUCACAGGUGAGAUUCCAAGAUCUCUUGGAAACUGUUCAAGCUUGUCGUUGAUUGGUUUCUCAUCAAAUUUUCUGACAAGUGAGAUUCCAAGUGAACUAAGCAUGCUGAAAAAUCUCCAACUUUUGUAUCUUGCGCAAAACAAUCUUAGUGGGAGCAUUCCAAGGUCUCUUGGAAACUGCUCAAGCUUGUCAUUGACUUAUUUCUCAUCAAAUUCUCUAAUGGGUGAGAUUUCUAGUGAACUCCACCUUCGUUUAGAAAGAUCUCUUCAGAAGAGCCAAAUUGCCCAUCAAAAGGUAUUGAAGCUCAGGAAAACGGCUAGGCAGGCCAUUGCAGAGGUGGAAGAAAGAAAAACCAAACUGAAGGAAUCACAACAAAAAACGACCGAGCUAAUGGCUGAGGUAGCUGGUCUAACCGGACUAGUUACCUCGGCUGAAGCUGACAAACAGAAGGCCUUGAUCGUGAUGAAAGAUAAGUACCUUCGUGAGCUAGUCAAGCUCGAAGGGAAAAAGGACGCCGAAAUCGCUGAACUGAAGAAGAAGGUGGAUGGUGCCAACACCGAAGUUCUUUCUCAACCACCCAAAGACUUCCGCAAAUCCUUCUAUCCAGCAAGGAUUUCAAGAGGUUGUUGGGUUUUCCAGUUGAGCAGUGGAAAACACCUCUGCUACUCAACUACAUCCCAACCUACAAGUCCAUACUUCCCAACGUCCCAAGAAAAAACAAAUCUCCUCAUUCAGCAACAACUCCUCAAGCUGAAUCAUCAAGGAUCUACAUCUGGUCCUGUGGAGCAACCAUCAACCUCUGCUCCACAUUUGAUCCCACAUUCUCAACGCCAACGCCGACGUUGA